UCUCUGAUCUUUGCAGACUCUGUCAGGCUGCUGAAUGGUUCCAGUCUGUGUUCAGGCAGACUGCAGGUGAAGUCUAACCAGAAAUGGUCCUCAGUGUGUGAAGCUGACUUUGACCUGCAGGAUGCAGAGGUGGUCUGUAGGGAGCUUGGCUGUGGGCCUCCUUCAGUCCUCCAAGGGGCGCUCUAUGGAGAAGUGGAGGCUCCAGUGUGGAGCAAAGAGUUUCAGUGUGAAGGCCAUGAGUCUGCUCUCCUGGACUGUAGAAGCUCAGGCUCAGCUAGAAACAGCUGCUCGCCUGGCAAAGCUGUUGGACUCACCUGCUCAGCGCUUAUUGAUGUCAGGUUGGAGGGAGGAGUCAGUCGCUGUGCAGGUACACUGGAGGUGAAAGUGAGAGAAUGGAGACCACUGGCUGACUAUGGUCUCCCUUUUCGAGAAGAUCUUAUCUGCGAACAUCUGAACUGUGGCUCUACUGUUUCUAUAGAAUAUAGACACGAUUUCUCAUACAGUUCUGUGUGGAAGAUUAAACAUCACUGUAUUGAAUCUGGAUCUACUCUGAGAGAGUGUGUAAUGAUAAAUGACAUCAUGUACGUCUGUGAUGUUCCCAUUGUGUUCCUUCCCCAGUUACAAUGA